AAUCAACUUGUCAAGUUUUGAAAUAUGACUAGGAGCCGCCGGCGUGUCGCCAUUAGUCGCUCCUCUCCGGGCUCCCCACUCGCAGUUCGGACGCCAACCCGGCUAGUACCCCGGGAAAAAAGCUGAAAUGGCUUUCUACACUAAUAAUAGCUUAUUUCCAAAUCAACCACCCAUACCCAAUGGCAUCGCGGCGCAAAUGGAUGAAAAGUCGAAGAAUAAAAUCAUAUUCCUGGACGUCACACCCAAUCGUACUCCGAGAUUACCAACGCCUAAUAAUGCCAUAGCACCUAUACAAGACAACCUGAUCAAUCCCGACAUCACCAGAGACAUCAUUUAUGAAAACAUCAAGCCGGUGUUUACUCUCCUGAAGAUCAUGGGCGUUCUUCCAUUGAGCAGGCCGGUUCCGGGAGUGACCCAAUUUCAACCUACCUCUCCCUCAAUGCUGUACUCUGUCGUCGUCUACUGUUCUCUUAUCGGAUAUCUUUUGUAUCUUUCCCUAAAUAAAGUCCAAAUUGUAAGAACCGGUGCUCAAGAAGGUAAAUUUGAGGAGGCUGUGAUUGAGUACCUAUUUACAGUGUACUUGUUUCCGAUGAUUGCCGUCCCUAUAUUGUGGUAUGAAACGAGAAAGAUUGCCGAAGUUCUCAACGGAUGGGUUGAAUAUGAGAUUGCUUACAAAAAACUGUCAAACCGAGUCCUUCCUGUAGGGCUCUAUAAAAAAGCUCUAGCCAUGUCUAUAGUCAUUCCAGCACUUUCAACGGCGUCAGUGAUCAUUACACAUGUCACCAUGGUCCACUUCAAAUUAUUACAAAUCAUUCCAUACGUAUUUCUGGAAAUAUUGACUUACAUGUUGGGCGGCUACUGGUACCUUCUUUGUGAAACACUCAGCAUUUGUGCGCACAUCUUGGCAGAAGACUUCCAACAGGCUCUUCGUAACAUUGGGCCAGCCGGAAAGGUCGCAGAAUACCGCGCGCUCUGGUUGCGCCUCAGUAAACUGGCCCGAGACACCGGGAUCGCAAAUUGCUACACCUUCACAUUCAUGAGCCUCUACUUGUUCCUUAUUAUCACACUUUCCAUCUACGGUCUGCUCAGCAAAAUCUCCGAGGGUUUCGGAGUCAAAGACAUCGGUCUAGCUUUAACUGCUUUUUGCAGUAUUAUGCUACUAUUCUUUAUUUGUGACGAGGCGCACUACGCUUCUCAUAAUGUACGCCUGAACUUUCAAAAAAAGCUUCUAAUGAUUGAGCUGUCAUGGAUGAACGCGGACGCGCUGACCGAGGUGAACAUGUUCCUGCGAGCCACUGAAAUGAACCCCUCCCAAAUUAGCUUGGGAGGAUUUUUCGACGUCAACAGGACUCUAUUUAAGUCGCUACUAGCUACAAUGGUGACUUACCUAGUCGUGCUCCUGCAGUUCCAAAUCAGCAUACCGGACGAUUCACGUGUCCAGGAAGCGGAUGACGAUGACGACUUCGUGAAUGCUACCGCCUCGGUCACUGAGGCUCCCACCACUUUGACCACCAUCACCACCCUGCUCACCACGCUAGCAAAGAAGAAAAAGAAACAUUAAAUAUAGAUUAAUCUUCGUAAAGACUAGAGCAAUGAUGUACUUAAUAUCAUAAUUAAUAAAUAAUAUAGGUACAAUCUGACACUAUUUAAUAAAAACAAAAUUAAGUAUACCCUUCCACGGUGGCAUAUCACCUAACGAUAGGUACUAAGCGGUUAUUACAUCAACCCUUCUAUAGCUCAAAAGCAGGGGUAUCUCAUCUAUUAGGUCGCCGGACACUUUCUGCUGAGAGGGAUAGAGAAAUGUAUGUUAUUUCCCUGUCGCUUUUAGCAGGAUAGAUAAAGGAAGGAUGCAGAAAGGUGCAUGUAAUAGCAAAACGAAGGGAGAGCUAUUACAUUGUCCUCAUUCUUUUUUGCAGAAAGUGUUCUACAAAAAGAUCGGUUCUGCAGAAAGAUAACUUCUUUAUGUUAGCAAAUCUUUAAAUAUACAUUGUGUAUUUUUGAUACGAACGCAUAAUCAAUGGGUACCUAGGCUAUAAUGAAAACACUUUCAUAGGUUUUUUAAACAAAUGGACGACUUAUUUUUCCACAUAAAACAAUUCAGCAAGCAAUGUAUCACUGCUGUUUUAACUGAAAACGACGCACUUAAUGACGCGACGUCACAACUGUCACAAGUGACCAUGAUGUACGACAUACAUUGCCGCUCGAAAUAUGUUCAAAAAAUAAUUAUGUUCUGGUAGUUAACACUAAAUUUAAAAAAUCUUUCAGAAUUGUUGUAGAAGUUUGCGGUUAUAUCAAAAAUACAUACUGUAUCAUAAUUAAUCUUAUACCUUUAAACGAGCAAUUCUUGUAUAUAUAUAUAUAUAUUUCUGUGAUCUCGGAAUCGGCUCUAACGAUUUCGCUGAAAUUUGGUAUAUGGGGGUUUUGGGGGUAUACAAUCGAUCUAGAUUAGUCUUAUGUUUGGGAAAACGCGUGUUUUCGAGUUUUCUUUCGACGCAGAAUAUGGUCGCUAAUUUCGUAUUGCCGGCCACUUGUUACGGGUUCGAAUCUCGCCCGGUGACUAACUUUUGUUUUUUUUUUUAUAUGUUCAAGUUUAUAUAUCAUUUUUAUUGUUUUAGACAAGUUUAAUUUAGUAAAAAAAUGUAGUUAAUGUUUGAGAUAAAAAUAUAUAUUUCUCAUAAAUAUGUCUAACAUUUACCUAUACUGAUUACGUGAAUAAGAUUUAUGCUUUCGAGUUUUUAUUUUAUUGAGACAUAAAAAAAUGUAAGGAGAGCCUUCAUGUGAUCAUAUCAGUUUUUAGGAUCACUGAAAUCAAACACCUGAUCUACACAGAAAUCGAAUGUAAAUAAUAAUAAUUGUCAGUUCACAUUUUACUUUUUAAGUUUAUGUAGAUUAUCACCUAUACACCACCAUAUUACAAUAAAUAGUUAUAACACUUAUAACCGAGCAAAGCUCGGUCGCCCAGGUACUAUAAUUAUAAAGCAGGUAGGUAUAUGUAAAAAAUUUAAGUAAGUCACCUGUUGUAUGUAGUUGUGACGUGUUAGAAUAGACAUUUGUUUUGUUUGUGUGUGUCUUUUAAACAUAUAUUGUCUAUUCGAACACGUCACAACUACAUACAACAGGUUACUUACUUAAGUUUUUUACCUAUACCUCCUACCUUACCUAUUGGCAGUGAAAGAGUACGUUUAAAAAUGUGUGGUAAAAUUUUUGUGUUUCACUCGGUGACAAAAUUUUGUUUAACCUUCGUGCCUUGGAUCCCUCGCUACGCUCCUGGUUCGAUUUUGGAAUCUUUCGCUUGCUCGGGUAUCAAUAUUUAACGAGCCGCGAGAGGUUAAACAACAACUUUGCCCCCUUGCAAAACAAAUAACUAUUAAGAGUUCAUGAUAUUCUUGUUUUUAUAUAUAAGUAGGUACUCUUUUUAGUAAUAUGUAUUUGUAUUGUAGUGCCUAGAGGCAACGAAUCCGCCUCUUUUAUUGCAUGUUAUAUUUGUGUAUUUUGUGUGCGUAAAGAACAAAAUAAAUUAAAAGUGUAUUAAUUAAACGUCAUAA